AUGUCGGAAAAACCAUAUCAAUCAACUCAAUUAUUAUCUGAAAGAGAUAAUACUAAUGAUAACAGUAAAUUUAUUAAUCUUAUAGCCAGAGAGGAAUCAAAUGUCGAAACCAAUUUCAGAGUCAAAAGAACUACUCAAUUAAAAAAACUGAUAGAAGCUUAUUGUAUAAGACAAGGAAAAGAGGAAAUGUACCUUAGGUUUUGUUAUGAUGGUGAGCGUAUACAAGUUGGAUAUGCAAAAUGGUGA